AUGAGAAGGGUCCGCGGAACCGGAGACCGCCGAGGAGGCCGGGAUCGGGGCAGGACCGGGGCCAAGGCUGGCGAGGGGAAACUGACAUCGCAGCAAGUCCGUGGCCUCAAGAGUAAGCCGAGCACAGAAUCCUGGAGAAGGCAGAAACUGCUGCAGAUUCAUGAAGCCCUGAGCCAGGACCCAGUAGAUGUGGAAUUACUUCGAAUGGCUGCCCAGAGCCGAGGGGGCCUACUUAGUGACCAGGUCCGGAGAAAGGUCUGGCCCCGGCUUCUGGGCCUCAGUCCCUAUGACCUGCCACCCCAUCCAGGCCGAAGCCCGCUCCAGGACCAUAGGGACUAUCACCAGGUGCAAAUGGAUGUGGAGCGCUCCUUGGCCCACUUUCCCCGGGGGAUGCGCCCCGAGCAGAGGGCAGUGCUGCAGGAGCAGCUGGUGGCGGUGAUCCUGGCUGUGCUGAGCUCCCGGCCAGAGCUGCACUAUUACCAGGGUUACCAUGAGGUGGCACUGGCUCUGCUGCUAGUGCUGGGGCCCCGUGCAGCUGCUGCCUUGCUGGAUCAACUCUCCAUGCAUCAUCUCAGGGACUUCAUGGAUCCCACAAUGGAUAACACUUGGCACAUCCUGAAUUAUCUGCUACCUCUGCUGGCCCGGGAGAGUCCUCAGUUAUACAGCUUCAUGGAGAGGGCCGAGGUGGGAACAGUAUUUGCCCUAAGCUGGCUGCUGACCUGGUUCGGCCAUGUGCUACCUGAGCCCACCCACGUGCUGCGUCUCAUGGACUUCUUCCUAGCUUCUCACCCGCUCAUGCCUGUCUACGUAGCCGCUGCGGUGGUUCUGCACCGGGAGCCAGAGGUCCUAGCAGGCCCCUGUGACAUGCCAAGCCUGCACCAGCUGCUAUCUUGCCUGCCACAGCCCUUGCCCACUGAGUCCCUCCUGGCCCAGGCCUUGAACCUCUUUACCCGACACCCCCAUUCCCAGCUUGCCCAGGAGGCUGCUGUGAGGACCCAUAGCAGCUUAUCCAUUGAGGGCUCCUUCACAGCCCUACAAGCAGCCUCAGCACACCAGCGGCCUGACUGGGUCCUACAGAAGCAGCGGCAGCAGCCAGGAUGCCAGAAGCCUUCAAGGAGUCAGAGUAGGCCCAGCACCCUGGUAAAAGCAGCUGUAUGGGGUCUCUCGGCCACAUUAGGGGCAGCAGCCCUAGCUGUCACACAGACUGCACUGGGCUGGGGCCCUGAAGUUCUCUGGAAAAUCUUCUAGAUAGACUCAUCCCAUUGGGACCCCAGUUGGCUUCUAAACAGUGGACUGACCAUCAUCAGAUUGAGCACAGCUCUCAUAGCCAUGGCUGGACUGACCAAUCAUGAUAACACUGGUAACAGUAGCCAUCUGGACAGGGGGAGUUGAAGAGAUGGCCAGGAAAGGAAGGUCAGACAUUCUUCCCCUCCCUGCCAAGGGAUAGAGGCAUUGGAGAGGGCUUAUCUGAGGACACUGUGCUGAGGGACAGAACUGAGGAGACCUCUGUCUGGACCAAUCUACCCAUCUGUCUCCCUCCUUCCCCAGGGCAAAGGUGAGCCAUCAUAGUUUUGUACCUGGACCAAUAAAGUCAUAGCAGCCUAA